AUGGAGACUGACGCAUCACCGAGCAAAGACGAGCUUCGCGCUAUACUGAAACAGGCAAGGGAGGCUGCAACAAAGGAGAAAGAGCGCGCAGAAAAAGUGGAAAAGCAAAAUCAGAAUACUACGUUUGCAGAAUACCUCCAAGCUUGCCAUGACUUCAUUACGGUGCCCAUGACCAUCCAGACCAAACGAUCACUCACUACCAAAGGCUCUAUCACCGAUCCGACCGGCCGCAUAUGCCCGACCUUCCUUCGACCUUCUCCAUCUGAUUUGCGACUGUUUCCUUCGAGGCCUAUUAUUGAAUACACAGGGAAGCAGGCAUGCAGAUAUCCAUUAGCAAGUGAAGCAGACCUGGCGCAAUAUCAAAAGGCAGAAGUUGAAAAUCCUGUUAUGGAGAUCUUUGAAAAGCUGCUUCAGCUUCCAGAACACCGACGUCCAUUUCUCCUUGGUGAAGGGAUCAUAUUCGAAAACCAUUCCAACACGGUCACAGAGAAUCCAGAUCAGAUGACUCCCGCGCGACCUCCAACGACGGAUCGACACUGUAAAGCUGCGCACAAGCUUACUGAUGCCUUCCUCCGAGCUGGCCUUCGACAGAUGAACAUGGUGGAGGAAGUUGUCCAGCGGGUUACAAUACCAACAGAUCCUGAUGAGAAACUUUGUUACGACGCUGCUUUCUUGUCAUUUGCCGCCGUUACACAAAUCUAUGAGUAUAUGAUGAAAUCAGGCCUCGAAUACGGCCUACUAACAAACGGUCAUAUGAAAGUUAUCCUUCGGAUCCCCAAGAACAAUCCCGAUGUACUAGAGUAUGACCUCCUUGAACCGAGCCGGGAUGCUGAGGCGAAGUCCACUGAUGGCUGUGGUUUCCGUUUCCCUUAUACGGCUAUUGGCUACCAGUUAAGCUUGACUCUCAUGGCAAUUCGAUCACCCCAACGAAGCCAAGCAUGGCGGAAUGAAACCAUUGCCGCAUCAAGCCUAUGGGAAAUCGAUUUUGAACGUGCGCUUCGUUCGAUUCUAGAAUUAGAACGCAAGACAAGUCCACUAGGCUUAGAAUACCGGGAGCCAAUUUAUCCCAUCAACAAUCGGUCACCAUAUCUCUUACGCCUACGUGUUCGAGGUGAUUCUAGUCCGGUGCAGCCCUAUAGGAGCCCAUCACCAGAUUCUUCAGGUGAAUCGGAUUCAGGCCAGAAACACCCCCUAUCCUCUCCGAUUCAGGACCGUGGUAAACGCCAGCGGACAUCGAACGCUUCACACCAAAGCCAUCGAGUGCCUGGUCAGACAUCAAAGUAUACUUUCUGCACACAAUUAUGUCUGCGGGGACUUGUACAUCAGUCAGAACUUGAUGAUAAAUGCCCCAAUGUGGAUCUUCACCGGAGAAAAUCAGAUGACCGGCGACAGACUAUAUCCCGUGAUACCAUGAUCAAGCUUGUUGAACAGCAACUAAAUGCGGAUUUGGACUCCUGCACUCCUCUCGGAAAAGAGGGCAUACACGGCUCUAUCUUUGCCGUCCAAUUACAAUCGCAUGGUUAUGCCAUGAUUGGGAAAGGUACCGACCAUCACUCAGAUCGUGAAAGUAUCAUGUACAGAAAACUUGAAUCCCUACAAGGAUUUGCUGUCCCCAUCUACCUCGGCGAUGUCUACUUGCAAAGUACCUAUUAUACUGACUCCGGACGAGAGAUUAUUCACCUCUCACUCAUGGCGUGGGGCGGCCGCGCACUACGAGAGUCAGAUCGCCCACGUUUACAGCACUGCAUGAAUGAUACAGAAGCCGAGGUCCGCGAAGCUGGUGUUCUGCACCUUGAAUUGCACAUGUCCAACUUUAUAUGGAACGAAGAGGCAGCGCGAGUCAUGCUCAUUGAUUUCAGCAGAGCAGAAAUUCUUCGAAAACGCAAAGGAUCGGUUGACCUCUCUGCACAGCAACACCGCAAGCAGCGUCUAUUCACCGACCAUGUACACACUGUCCCCCGCUAUGCAUGCUAG